AACCGUUAUCAUGGGUGGAGACGUUCCGCGACAAGCUUCUAGCUCUCUUCCCCGAGCUCCAAGCGGCCCCGUCGGUCAACGCAUUCAUGGCAUCUAUACAGAUCGUUUGAGACAGUUUACAGCUAACGGCCAGUACGAGGGACAGAAUCUCGUUUCUAAAUUCUAUGAAGCCGUGAACUCUGACAAAGACCACGUUAAGCUCUCCGUAUACUCGGUCCCGAAUUUAGAGCGCCCUACGUUUGAAGAGGCAACCUCACAUGACUUCAAGCCAACACAUAUCGGUGCUUCAUUUGGUCCUAGUUGGUCUACUCACUGGUUCCGCAUCCACUUGACAGUUCCUCAGGACUUACGUCAAAAAGAGCGGCUGGAGUUUCAUUGGGAUGCGAAUAAUGAGGGUUUAGUCUGGACCGAAGAUGGUCACCCGCUACAAGGGCUCACUGGUGGCGGGGAGCGUAUCGAGUGGAUCAUCCCUGACGCCUGGCGCGAUGGGAAAGAGCAUACCUUCUAUAUCGAAAUGGCUUGUAAUGGGAUGUUUGGCAAUGCACCUGGCGGGGAUUCGAUUCAGCCACCAGCUCCUGAUAAAUAUUUUACCCUGCACAAAGCACAGAUCACAGCUGUUAACCUUGAGGCGCGAGCAUUGUUCUAUGAUUUCUGGAUAAUCGGAGAUGCUGCUCGAGAGUUUCCUGGAGAUUCCUGGGAAUCCCAUGAAGCCAACAUAGUAGCUAAUGCUAUUAUGGACGCUUUCAUUGCUGGCAGUGGGAGCCAGGAAUCCAUCAAGGAAGGACGUAAGAUCGCCAGGAGAUACCUCGGUGACAAAGUUGAUUCAUCGGAGGUGUAUGAUACUGAUACACAACCAAUUGUCUACGGAAUCGGGCAUUGCCAUAUCGAUACGUGCUGGCUGUGGCCCUGGGCAGAGACUAAGCGUAAAGUGGCUCGCUCAUGGUCAAAUCAGUGUGAUUUGAUGGAGCGAUAUCCGGAACACCGCUUUACUUGCUCGCAGGCACAGCAAUUCAAAUGGUUGAAACAAUACUACCCCUCAGUCUUCGACCGCGUGAAGGGAUGGAUCAAGAAGGGUCACUUCCAACCGAUUGGUGGUAGCUGGGUUGAGCAUGAUACCAACAUGCCCAGUGGAGAAUCAUUGGUGAGACAGUUCCUCUAUGGCCAGCGUUUCUUUGAAAGCCACUUCGGUGAGCGUUGUACAACGUUCUGGUUACCCGAUACCUUUGGCUACUCAACGCAGAUCCCCCAGAUCUGCCGUCUAGCUGGCAUGAGUCGCUUCUUUACCCAGAAGCUUAGCUGGAACAACAUAAAUAAUUUCCCACACACUACCUUCCAGUGGGUUGCGCUUGAUGGCAGCCAAGUUAUGUGCCAUAUGGCGCCAUCAGAGACGUACACUGCGUCGGCUCACUUCGGUGAUGUGAAACGCAGUGUCACGCAGCACAAGUCCAUGGACAACGAUAACACAUCGCUUCUUGUGUUCGGAAAGGGUGACGGCGGAGGUGGGCCGACUUUCGAGCAUUUGGAGAAGCUGCGCCGCUGCCGUGGCCUGAGUGAUAAGACGGGCCUGCUUCCACGCGUAAAGAUGGGCGAGUCAGUGGACGACUUCUUCGCAAGACUAGAGAAGAAGGUUGAGGAGGGCACACAAUUCGCUACAUGGUAUGGUGAGCUUUAUUUCGAGCUACACCGGGGUACAUAUACUACUCAAGCGAACAACAAGAGAAAUAAUCGCAAGUCUGAGUUCUUGCUUCGGGAGAUCGAGUAUUUGGCCACGCUCGCGUCUGUCUCGCAAUCUAGUGGCAAUUAUCGAUAUCCCAAGAAGGAGAUAGAUGAUAUGUGGGAGGGCGUGCUCCUAUGUCAAUUCCACGACUGUCUGCCGGGCAGUUCCAUCGAGAUGUGCUACGAUGACUCUGACAAACUUUAUGCCGAGAUCUUCGAAACCGGCCAGAAGGUCAGGAAACAAGCCCUUGAGACUCUUGGAUUCGGAGACAAGAAACCUUCCAAGAGCCUUGUAGCAAUCAACACUCUGCCUUGGCACCGUUCGGAGGUUGUCAAGCUCCCUACUGGGUUCGAAGAAGCAAACCGCCGCAAGUAUGCCGUGGUUAGCGGGAAGACGGGUCUAAUAGAGUAUCGUGCCAACCCAGCCACUUCUACUCGAGUGACCGUGUCGGAGAUCCGGCCUGGGGUGUUCCGCCUUGAGAAUACAAAGUUGAGGGUUGACAUCCACAAUGGAGUGAUCACAUCCCUAUUCGAUGUUGAGGCAGAUCGCGAGGUGAUCGCGAAGGGCGGCAAGGCUGGGCAGCUGGUUAUCUUUGAUGAUAAGCCGCUUUACUGGCAAGCUUGGGAUGUUGAAGUUUUCCAUCUGGAGUCAAGGAAGGAGUUGCACUCCAGUAGAACGACCAUCGCUGAGAAUGACCCAUAUCGCGCCAGUGUCGUCACCGAAACUCAGAUCAGUGAGAACAGCUGGGCUAAGACAACAAUCAGUCUUUCUGCUGUUGCCGGAGAUGAACCAUCAUACGUAGAGUUUGAUAGUGAGGUUGAGUGGCGAGAGACUAUGAAAUUCCUCAAGGUAGAGUUCCCUGUGGACAUCACAAAUACAGAAGCAUCCUACGAGACCCAAUAUGGGAUCAUCAAACGACCAACACACUACAACACCAGCUGGGAUAUGGCCAAAUUUGAAGUGUGCUGCCACAAAUGGGCCGAUCUGUCUGAGAAUGGAUAUGGCGUGUCGGUCCUGAAUGACUCCAAAUACGGUUUUGCAACCUGUGGCAACCUAAUGCGUCUAUCUCUGCUCCGAGCACCCAAAGCACCGGACGCGCACGCAGAUAUGGGCCGUCAUCACAUACGAUAUGCGAUCCUGCCUCACGCUGGGCCUCUUGAUUCGCGCACCAUCCGAGCAGGGUACAAUUUCAACCAUCCACUUGUUCUUGAGUCAGCAUUUGGCUCUGAGAAUAAGGAUAUCUUUAACUCUCUCUCCAUCAGCGGCUCCCCAUCGCUCAUCUUGGAUGUGGUUAAGCGUGGUGAAGAUGACGAUGAUGUCUCCCGAGAUAAUCUACCCCGUCGCGCAGGAAAGAGCAUUAUCCUGCGUAUUUACGAGUCACUUGGCGGUAAGAGCCGGGGCACUAUUCACACUAAGUUGCCUGUCAAGAAGGUCUGGAAGUGCAACAUACUUGAGGAUAAUGAGACAGCUCUUGCCGUUACCAAGGGUAAGGAAACCACGGAUGUUGGCAUUGAGUUAAGGGCGUAUGAGGUUGCUACCUACCGUUUGCAACUGUAG